AAUUUGGAAACUUAGCACAGAGGUGGUAAUUGCCCUUUAUAAGAGGGCGAGUCCACAUGAUGGGAUAUGCGUUCUGAUUGCAGUUGCUUGAUUUAGCUUGGUCUCCUAUCCCAUUUUCAUAUCCUCAUAACUAGAAGAAACAGCUCCUAAUUCUCAAGUUGUGAGACAAUGGAAAACGCAACCUCAACUGGAAUACUGAGAACGAAGUCGGAUCAGCUGAUAGAGUCGAUUGCCGCGGCUCUGAAGUCGUCGCCAUCGAGCGGGGGCUCUGAAACGCUGUCGAGGAAGUCAAGCCGGCGAUUGACGCCGGCAUCGCCAGGGCGGGGGAAGAACACGCACAUAAGGAAGUCUAGGAGUGCUCAGAUGAAGUUUGAGGUGGAUGAGUUGAGCAGCGGCGCCGCGCUCAGCCGUGCCUCCAGUGCCAGCUUGGGACUCUCAUUUUCCUUCACUGGCUUCAGCAUGCCUCCUGAUCAAAUCGCUGACUCCAGACCCUUCAGUGAUGAUGACAUGAUUCCUGAGGACAUCGAAGCUGGAACUAAGACAAAGUUCAGAAUGGAGCCUACUCUGCCAAUAUAUCUUAAGUUCACAGAAGUGACCUACAAGAUAGUGAUAAAGGGCAUGACAACAAGUGAGGAGAAGGAUAUCUUGCAUGGGAUCACAGGUUCUGUAAAUCCAGGAGAAGUUCUGGCAUUGAUGGGUCCCUCAGGAAGUGGAAAGACAACUCUGUUAAAUCUCCUCGGAGGCAGGAUAAGUCACCCCACAGUUGGUGGUUCUAUCACUUACAAUGACCAAUCAUAUAACAAGUUCCUCAAGAGCAGGAUAGGAUUCGUGACACAAGAUGAUGUUUUGUUUCCUCACCUAACUGUGAAAGAGACAUUGACCUACGCGGCUCGUCUAAGACUGCCAAAGACAUUCACAAAGGAGCAAAAGGAAAAAAGAGCUUUAGAUGUCAUCUAUGAGCUUGGCUUGGAGAGGUGCCAAGACACUAUGAUUGGUGGUUCCUUUGUUCGCGGAGUAUCUGGUGGAGAAAGAAAGAGAGUUUGUAUUGGCAAUGAGAUCAUAAUCAACCCUUCUCUUUUGUUUCUUGAUGAGCCAACAUCUGGUUUGGAUUCUACAACAGCCUUAAGGAUCGUUCAGAUGCUGCAAGACAUAGCAGAGGCUGGUAAAACAGUAGUGACAACAAUUCACCAACCAUCAAGCAGACUCUUUCACAAAUUUGACAAGUUAAUCCUUCUUGGGAAAGGGAGCUUGCUCUACUUUGGAAAAGCAUCAGAAGCAAUGAACUAUUUCCAGUCCAUAGAAUGUUCACCACUAAUUCCAAUGAACCCAGCCGAGUUUUUGCUAGACCUUGCUAAUGGAAACAUAAGCGAUGUUUCCGUACCAUCAGAGUUGGAGGAUAAAGUGCAGAUGGGAAAUGCGGAAGCUGAAACACAUAACGGGAAACCAUCACCAGCAAUUGUACAUGAGUAUCUGGUGGAGUCGUAUGAAGCUCGGGUUGCAGAGAAAGAGAAGAAGAAAAUAAUGUCAUCUGUUCCCCUUGAUGAAGCAUUGAAGUCUAAAGUAAGUUCUAAAAGGCAAUGGGGAGCAAGUUGGGAUGAACAAUACUCGAUAUUGUUUUGGAGAGGAAUCAAAGAAAGGAGACAUGAUUACUUUAGCUUGUUGAGAAUCACCCAAGUUUUAUCCACUGCAAUCAUCUUAGGAUUGCUCUGGUGGCAAUCAGAUACUAAGAACCCAAAAGAUCUGCAAGACCAGGCAGGGCUUCUUUUCUUUAUUGCUGUCUUCUGGGGAUUCUUUCCUGUUUUUACUGCAAUAUUCACAUUUCCUCAAGAGAGAGCCAUGCUGACUAAGGAAAGAGCAGCAGACAUGUACAGACUAAGUGCAUAUUUCCUGGCUAGGACUACAAGUGACCUUCCACUAGAUUUGAUACUACCAGUGCUUUUUCUAGUUGUUGUUUAUUUCAUGGCUGGUCUGAGACUGAGUGCAAGCCCUUUUUUCCUCACAAUUCUUACUGUUUUCCUCUGCAUUGUGGCAGCUCAGGGACUUGGACUUGCUAUUGGGGCUACACUUAUGGACUUGAAAAGAGCAACAACUUUGGCUUCAGUGACUGUCAUGACCUUCAUGCUGGCUGGAGGAUUUUUUGUACAGAAAGUCCCAAUAUUCAUCUCUUGGAUCCGGUACAUGUCUUUCAACUAUCACACCUACAAACUUUUGCUGAAGGUGCAAUAUGAACACCUCACGCCUAGCGUAAACGGGAUUAAAAUUGACAGUGGUAAGACAGAGGUGGCUGCUUUGAUUGCCAUGGUUUUUGGUUACCGUUUCUUGGCAUAUCUUUCUUUGCGCCGAAUGAAACUUCAAUCUUGAAAAAGUCCUUCCUUGAUGUACAACAACUACUAAAGUCUUAUCCUACUAAGUGAGGUCGUGCUUUCUCUAUGCACGACGGAGGGUAAUAAAAGAAGGCUCACGUGUAAGGACAUGCACGCAAGUGAAGUUCUUAGCAUUGGUGGGCUGAAGCUUCUAGCCUUUUUUUUUUGUCUAAUAUGUAUAUAUUGUAGUAUUCCAUUUUGCAAUGAUGAAACGCUGCAAUGCUUGCUAGAUGUUAUGGUAGACACAUGAGUAUCUGGAGAAUUCAGAUAAGUUUUGUUGAAAACUAUUUAACUGUCAAAAAAUGUUUCAUUGACUGAAGCUUGUAACUGCUGUAGUGGAAUUAGAGGUGUUUACUUUAUCCAUUUGCAAUAUAUUGGUCAUGUUUCCAGCGUGAUUAUAGUGUAGUUCA